AGUAAGCACUUGUAAAAGAAGUUGUUAAUUGUAUUAGGCUGCAUAUGUCCUAAAUAGUACAGUACAUGCAUGUUCGUACAAAACGUUUCAAAAUGUAUUUAAUGGAGGGUUUAAAUAAAUAUGAAUUAUCCACUAUAAAUAUAUGUAUCUCGAUAUCUUAAAAAGCCAGGAAGUGUUUAUGUAUUUCAGUCAAAUUAUUAUUAUUUUUAAUUCUAAAGCAUAAUGUGCUAUUUAGAGUCAGAUGCUAAUGCCACUAUCCACUUCUGAGAUGCUUUGUAGCUUUUGUGUGCUUACUGUAAUGUAUGAAUUACAUGCCUCUUAAAUGACAGGAUAGGAAUUCAUGUACCAGACUACAUUUUGUGUAUGUUUUAAUUGUGUGUUGCUUUAUAUUUUCAUUAAAUGUUCACAUUCAGUAUUAUAGUAAACAUAAAACAUGCUUUGUUUUGGGUCAAGUGCUACGUAAUAAGCAUAUCUUAUUAGUUUGUUAUUGCCUUACUGUGCAACUGGGGUAAUCAGAUUAAAGGUUCAUUGCAAGGAAAAGUCUCUUAUGUGUGUGCUAACAAAAACCGGACUGUGAAAAUAAUCUCAUUUAACAAACCUCUCUGCAGGAAGAAAGCUCACCAGACCUGACAUCGCUGUAGUUCCUGAGUACAACAACCAGACAACAUGGCUCAAGGUUUAGUACUGUUAGCAACACUGCUAGCCUUUAGCAAUGAUGUCCACUGUAAUUUUUCGCCUACGCUUAUUACAGAUUUGGCUAAAGUACUUACGGACAACUACUGCUCUCCAGAAAAACUUUCUGGUAUGGAAGAUGUAAUAAGUAUUGCCACCAACAACACGGAGAUCCUCAGCAUCCAAGAUCCCAGUAUACUUGCCAGUAUGCUGACAGAUGGGGUUAGGAGUACAAUCGGUGAUCCUAGAGUAAAGGUCACUUAUGAUCCAGAUUAUAUUCCAGCAGCACCUCCAGGAAUUCAUGACAUCCCACCAGAGCAACUGGCUGCUGUGGUCAAGGGCACGGUAAAUGUAGAGGUACUAGAACAUUUCAUUGCCUACCUGAAGAUUCAACAUAUUAUUGGGGAAGAGAUCGCUCAGAAGAUCGGGCCACUUCUGGUGCAGCAUGUUUGGGAGAAAGUUCUUCCCACCUCAGCCAUGAUCCUGGACCUUCGUUAUGCUGUUAGUGGGGAACUGUCUGGCAUCCCUUAUAUUGUCUCCUAUUACACUGAUGCUGAGCCUCUUAUCCAUAUUGACUCUGUGUAUGAUCGUCCUUCAAACAGCACCACUGAGCUCUGGUCCAUGCCCACCUUAUUGGGAAAAAGGUAUGGAAACUCCAAGCCCUUGAUCAUUCUAACAAGUAAGAACACUGUUGGCGUUGCAGAGGAUGUUGCUUACUGCCUGAAAAACCUCAAACGAGCUACAAUUGUUGGAGAAAAUACAGCUGGAGGAUCUGUAAAAAUUGACAAGAUUAAGCUUGGUAAUACUGAUUUCUAUGUUUCUGUACCUGUGGCUAAAUCCACCAAUCCCAUCACUGGCAAAAGCUGGGAAGUCAAAGGAGUGGCACCAGAUGUUGAAGUCAAUGCAGAAGAUGCCACUGAUGCUGCAAUUGCAAUCAUUAAGCUUCGGGCGGAAAUCCCUGCAAUUGUUAAGUCUGCAGCCUCUUUGGUUGCAGAAAACUAUGCUUUUGGCAGCAUUGGGGCUAAUGUAGCAGAAAAGUUAGAGGCUCUGGUGGCCAAUGGAGAAUACAGCAUGAUUUCCUCAAAGGAUGAACUGAAAGCGAAGCUCUCAGCUGAUCUUUUAAUACUGUCAGGGGACAAGUGCCUGAAAAUUACAGACAACACCCCUGUGCUGCCUCCAGUGAGCCCUUCACCAGAAAUGUUUGUUGCAAUUAUUAAAGAUUCAUUUCACACUGAUGUAUUUGAGAACAACAUCGGUUACAUGCGCUUUGACAUGUUUGGAGACUUUCCACAACUCGAUGCAGUUGCUCAGAUCAUUGUGGAGCACGUUUGGAACAAAGUAGUGGAUACAGAUGCUAUGAUUAUUGACCUCAGGAACAACAUUGGAGGUUCCACAAAAGCGAUUGCAGGAUUCUGCUCUUACUUCUUUGAUGAUGGCAUGCAGAUUGUGUUGGACAAACUAUAUGACAGAUCCUCUGGCACCACAAAUGUACUUGUCACCCUUCCAGAGUUGACAGGUAGAAGAUAUGGCUCCAAGAAAGGCCUACUGAUCCUGACUAGUGGAGUGACAGCUGGUGCAGCAGAGGAAUUUGUUUAUAUCAUGAAGAAGUUUGGCCGUGCCAUGAUUGUAGGUGAGCCGACCCAUGGCUCCUGCCAGCCACCGAAAACUUUCCAAGUAAGCGACAGUGAAGUUUUUCUGGCAAUUCCUAUCACCCACUCAGACACUACCCAGGGUCCUGCCUGGGAGGGAGCUGGAAUUGCCCCUCAUGUUGCAGUGUCUGCCAAUGAAGCCCUGGAUGUGGCCAAGGGUAUACUUAACAAGCACUUUUUAGGCCAGAAAUAA